UGUUCGGACACUAAAUAAGGAGUGUAUGGUACCGUCAUUCGCGUGGUCACGUCUGAUGGGCGUAUUUGUGGUGGCCUGUGUGUAGCCCUUGGACCUUCACGUCAAGAGUAGUUAUCAACCAAGCACAAUGCAGAACACCAAUGAAGACACAGAAUGGAACGAUGUGCUACGUGCAAAAGGCAUUCUGCCAGCAAAAGAGAAAGAAAUUACAGAACAAGACAUUGUUCAGAUGGUAGAGGACACUGUUUCCAAGAAAGUCAAUGGCCGCAGUCUGGGCGAGAUGAACCUGGACGAACUUGACGAGCUGGAGGACGACGAGGACGAGCGCGUGCUGCUGGAAUACCGGCAAAAGCGCAUCGAGGAGAUGCGUGCCGCUGCCCGCGCCGCCAAAUAUGGCGAGGUGCGCGAGAUAUCAGCUGAGGACUACGUCACGGAGGUGAACAGGGCCGGAGACGGCAUCUGGGUGGUGUUGCACCUCUACAAACAGGGGAUCCCGCUCUGCACGCUCAUCAACCAGCACCUCACGGCGCUGGCCGGCAAGUUCCCGGCCACCAAGUUCCUGAAGAGCAUCUCCACCACCUGCAUCCCAAACUACCCGGACAAGAACCUGCCGACGCUGUUCGUGUACCACGAGGGCGCCAUGAAGGGCCAGCUGAUCGGGCCCAUGACGUUCGGCGGGAUGAACCUCAAGAUCGACGAGUUGGAGUGGAUGCUGUCGCAGACGGGCGCCGUCAAGACGACGCUGGAGUCGGACCCGCGGCCGCAGGUGCGCGACGUGCUGAUGGCGCAGCUGGGCGGCCGCGGCCGCGCCGACAGCGACGAGGACGACUGGUGAUGGCCCCGGACCGUGCGACGGACCGCGCUGGUCCCGCGGCGCUCCGCCCGGGUGCGGUCCGAGACCGGGAUCUGUGGACCUGGUCUGUGACCGGCGUCCGCGGGCCUGGUACGUGGGCCUGGUCUGUGACCGGCGUCUGUGGACCUGGUCCAUGACUGGGGUCUGUGGGCCUGGUUCGUGUCUGAGGCCCGCGGGCCUAGUACGUGGACCUGGUCUGUGACCGGCGUCUGUGGACCUGGUCCAUGACUGGGGUCUGUGGGCCUGGUCCGUGUCUGAGGUCUGCGGGCCUGGUAUGUGGGCCUGAUCCAUGACCAGAUUCUGCGGGCCUGGUCCAUGACCUUGGUCUGGGCACUCGUGACUGGCGCCGGCGCCCGGCGAGAGAGUUCGCCCUAGACGAGAACCGGGCGGCACCGAAGACACCGGUCCGCCUCUGUGUGUGCGAACGCCCGGCUGCGGUCAACUGCUAUUGGCUACGAAUCGCAGUGAUCGAUCGCGCUUUAGGUACCGUCGUGAUGUUGCGUGGUGGCGUCUUCAUGUUCGGGUGGCAAUAGUUUGCACGAAGAGCAAUCAACAGUUGAAAAGUGGCGUUGUCUUUUAGCUUUGAUCGUGGGCUAUAGCUGGUGAUUGACUCGAGUGUUUAUUUUACGGCCAUGUGCUUGAUUGGCCAGAGACAAUUCUGAAUGACACUGUGUUACAGCCAGGGUUUUGUAGCAUCUGAACCACAUGCGGAACACUAGCUUCCGGAAGCUCUUCGCGGAGUUUGGCUCCGUGCCCAGUGUAUGCCGCGGCAGUUCGGGGUGCGGGAUGAGCCUUGACGGCCUUACCCUUAGGACCCCCCAGGCCACAUUGUGUUGGCAGUCAGAAUGCUCUCUUUGUGUUUGUUAACAAGGACCUUCUUGGACUGUUGCAGUGCUCAUUUGCUGUGACUCACUUGUUAAUGUUUGUAUUUUUGUACCGAAGUAAUUGCUGAAAUAUAGUUCAGUAUGCA